AUGGACGAUCACACCUACCACCUCGUCCAUGAUGUUAUCACAAACUCGCUGGUGCUUACGUUCCCCGACCUAAGGCGUAUCCUCCACUGCAAGAAGACGGAGAUCCAGAUAGCCGUCCGCGUGCUCUGCCACGUGAUCUGCUGGAUCAGUCCAGAGCAAGCUGCAGCUGUCGACAACGUCAGGCCUAAGGAUAGGAAUAAGCCCCUCCUCCGGGAGCACCUGUCGAUAGCGCUAGACGACCUCGCCUCCCAUAGGGGCUGGGCUCCCGGGGCCUUCCCCGCGAUCGCAGCAGUACAGCUCCAGCGACGUAUUCUGGACUUCGUACGGGACAACCUAGCCGAGUUCCGGGCGCCGGAGCUGCUCCCACUCCUGGAUGAUGACGCGAUAGGCCGAUGA